GCGGUUCUGAACUGGAACCGGACAGGAACCGAACCGUGGUCUAGUCUAUAUACAACUACCAAUUCAACUGUCUCGCUGCCUCAUGACUUUAUUUAAAUCUCCCUACCUACGAGAUUCUCCUAGCUUCAACGUAACAUUUAGUUGUUAUAUUUCAUCCUAGAAUAUAAUCCUCUGAUCUUCUCCAUAGUCAGCAAACUGUAACCGGAAAAUGGGUAGUCUUGAUGAAAAGAAUAUCCCACAAUCCACAUCCAACAUUAUCGGCGAAUUCAAGCCGCUUGAUGUUGAAGAGUUUCGCAGGCAAGCUCAUCGUAUGGUCGACUUUAUUGCCGACUAUUACAAUAAUAUUGAGAGUUACCCUGUUCUAAGCCAGGUAGAGCCUGGUUAUCUCCGGAAUGGUCAGCCGCCGACGGCACCGAAUCGGCCGGAAGAGUUUGAGACCAUUUUGAGCGAUGUCCACAAGGAUAUACUUCCCGGCAUGACUCAUUGGCUAAGCCCCAAUUUCUUUGCAUUUUUCCCGGCCACCGUAAGCUCUGCGGCUUUCGUCGGAGAAAUGCUGUGCACAUGCUUCAACUCCGUCGGGUUCAAUUGGCUCGCAUCUCCGGCGGCCACAGAGUUAGAAAUGGUGGUUAUGGAUUGGCUGGGAAAUAUGCUCAAGCUUCCUAAAUCCUUCAUGUUUGGAGGAUCUGGGGGCGGGGUUAUCCAAGGAACCACCAGCGAGGCAAUCCUUUGCACCCUCAUUGCCGCCCGUGAUCGGGCUCUAGGGAUCAUAGGUUAUGAUAAUGUUGGAAAGCUCGUCGUUUAUGGCUCCGAUCAGACUCACUCUACGUAUGAAAAAGCUUGCAAGUUGGCCGGCAUUUUCCCAUGCAAUAUUAGGAUAAUUCCAACCUCACACGAUACCAAUUUCUCUUUAUCCCCGGUGGCCCUACGCGGAGUAAUUGAAUCUGACGUGGCAGCGGGGCUGGUCCCACUCUUCCUCUGUGCUACAGUGGGGACCACUUCCACGAACGCCGUUGACCCUGUCAGUCGUCUUUCCGAUGUGGCGGGGGAGCACAACAUUUGGGUCCACGUGGACGCCGCGUACGGCGGGAGCGCGUGCAUAUGCCCCGAGUUCCGGCACCACCUGGACGGGAUCGAACGAGUUGACUCACUGAGUCUGAGUCCACACAAGUGGCUACUCACUUACCUGGACUGCUGUUGCCUGUGGGUCCGGGAACCGGGUUCGCUCGUCAAGGCUUUGAGUACCUACCCGGAGUACUUGCGAAACAAACGGAGCGACCACGAGGCCGUGGUGGACUACAAGGACUGGCAACUCGGAACCAGCCGCCGGUUCAGAUCGCUCCGGUUAUGGCUCGUCCUCCGCACCUACGGCGUCGCCAACCUCCAAACCCACAUCCGCUCCGACGUCCGGCUGGCCAAGAUGUUCGAAGGGCUGGUAGGAUCCGACCCGAGGUUCGAGAUUGUUGCCCCGAGGGUGUUUUCGUUAGUGUGCUUUCGGUUAAAGGGAUCGGAGAUUUUGAACAUGAAGCUACUGGAGUGUGUGAACUCAACGGGUCGUGCGUAUAUGAGUCACACGAUUGCCGGCGGGGUGUAUAUGCUGAGGUUUGCAGUGGGGGCCACGCUGACGGAAGACCACCACGUGGCCACCGCUUGGAAGUUGAUACAAGACUCAGCUGAUGCUCUGCUCGCUAAUCAGUAGAAGGAAUAACUUCAAUUUGUUUAGGAAUAACUAGUGACUAAUGGCCUUUCAAAAAAAAAUUAGUG